GGGCUGGACGCGUCACAAUGCACACACAACUUCUCCUCAUUUUCGCUUUAUGUGCUCUACAGUGCGACUGUCAAGGUUCGGGUUGUGAGUCGGGAUCUUUCCGCUGCGGGACAGGCCGGUGUAUUCCAGUCACCCAGAGAUGCGAUGGGACAACGGACUGUUCGGAUAACUCAGAUGAAAGUGGCUGCCCUCAGCCCACCUGCGAGAGCGCUCAGUUCCAGUGCUUGAGUGACGGCGAGUGCAUUCCUCAGCACUGGGUCUGCGAUGAUGAGGAAGAUUGCGAAGAUGGCUCCGAUGAAAGGCAGCACUGCCCUGGCAGGACGUGCUCCAGUUCACAGUUCACCUGCACCAACGGGGCCUGCAUCCCUGGAGGGUACAGGUGUGACCGAGUGCCCGACUGUCUGGAUGGAGCAGACGAGAGGAACUGCUUUUACCCAGAAUGCUCAGAGCUGAGGUGCGCUAACGGGGCGUGUUUUAAUCGGAGCCAGCGCUGUGACCAGGUGCUCAACUGCCGAGACGGCUCAGAUGAGGCCAACUGCACCCAGCGGUGCAGCAGUGGUCAGUUUCAGUGCAGUAAUGGUGAAUGUAUUCCUCGCGGAUACAUCUGCGAUCAUGAUGACGAUUGUGGAGACAGAAGUGAUGAACAAAACUGCACCUAUCCCACCUGCAGAGGCACAUACUUCACCUGUCCCAGCGGCCGCUGCAUCCAUCAGGUCUGGCUGUGUGAUGGAGAGGACGACUGUGAGGACAAUGCGGACGAGAAAGGCUGCGAUAAUGUCCAGCGGGAGUGUUAUCCAGGCGAAUGGCCGUGUCCUUCUUCUGGUGUCUGCAUCCCUUUUGACCACCUCUGUGAUGGGACGGUCCACUGCCCUGAUGGAGAAGAUGAGAGCAACAUCACCGCCGGACGCAACUGCAGUAUCUGGCGCUGUGCUUCGCUGAGCUGUGAACAUCACUGUCACGCGUCCCCAGACGGAGGAACCUGUGCUUGUCCACCUGGAUAUGUGCUCAACACAAAUGACAGCCGCUCCUGCAUAGAUUAUGAUGACUGCAGUCUGUGGGGAAUGUGUGAUCAGCUGUGUGAGGAUCGCAUUGGGAGUCACCGCUGCAGCUGUCGGGACGGUUAUAUUCUGGAGCAGCACAGAUACUGCAGAGCAAAUCCCUCAUCUGGCGUGCCUUCGCUUAUAUUCUCCAACGGCAGAGACCUGCUGAUCGCUGAUGUUCAUGGACACGGCUCUCAAACACUGGUUCAGUCCCAGAACAGAGGAGCCGCUGUUGGUGUGGAUUUCCAUUACCAGCUGCAAAGGGUCUUUUGGACGGACACAAUCCAAAAUAAGGUGUUUUCUGUGGAUAUGGACGGCUCGCGUCUGCAGGUGGUGCUGAACGUGUCGGUGGACUAUCCUGAAAACCUCGCCGUGGACUGGGUGAACAAUAAGCUGUAUGUGGUGGAGGCCAGUGUCAACAGGAUCGACAUGGUGGACCUGGAUGGCAGCAAUCGGGUCACGCUGAUCGCAGAGCACCUGGGAAACCCAAGAGGACUCGCGCUCGACCCGACCGUAGGGUAUCUUUUUUUCUCUGACUGGGACACUCUGAAUGGAGAACCGGGUUUGGAAAGAGCCUACAUGGACGGCACCAAUCGCUACGGGAUCAUCAGGACCAAACUGGGCUGGCCUGCAGGAAUCACUCUGGACCUCGAGGCCAAAAGAGUAUAUUGGGUGGACAGUCGAUAUGAUUACAUCGAAACCACAACUUAUGAUGGACUUCACAGGAAAACGGUGGUUCAUGGUGGUUCGGUGAUUCCUCAUCCAUUUGGCAUUACUCUGUUUGAGCAUUCAGUUUAUUACACUGACUGGACUAAGAUGGCUGUUAUGAAGGCUAAUAAAUACAGCGACAGCAGCCCACAAGAGCUCUACAGGACCUCACAGAGACCAUAUGGCCUGACCGUGGUACAUUCAUACAAACAGCCAUUUGUCAGUAACCCGUGCGGCGCUGAUCGAGGUGGCUGUGAGCACAUCUGUGUUCUGAGUCACAGAACUGAUAAUGGUGGUCUGGGAUAUCGCUGCCGCUGCCGAAUGGGCUACGAUCUGCACGCUGACGGCAAGAGAUGCGUCGCUGUGAGGCAGUUUCUGCUCUUCUCCAGUCAGUUGGCGGUCCGAGGAAUCCCCUUCAAUCUGUCCACACAGGAGGACAUCAUUCUGCCAGUCACAGGAACGCCGUCUUAUUUUGUGGGAGUGGACUUCAGUGCUGAGGAUAAUUCAAUAUUCUUCUCUGAUACGGUGAAGGACAUCAUCUACAAACAGAAAGUUGAUGGAACCGGUCGGGAGGUUCUGGCAGCUAAUCGGGUGGACGGUGUGGAAGAUCUGGCCUAUGAUUGGAUAUCGAAGAAUUUAUACUGGACGGAUCCACGUUACAGGAGUAUUUCUGUCAUGAAGGUGGCGGAUAAGUCCAGGCGAGCCAUCGUACGCAACCUCAACAACCCCAGAUCCAUAGUGGUCCAUCCAGUGGCUGGGUUUAUUUUCUGGACUGACUGGUACCGUCCUGCGAAGAUCAUGCGGGCUUGGGGGGACGGUUCACAUGCUCAGUCCAUAGUAAACACCACUCUCGGCUGGCCCAACGGCCUGGCCAUUGACUGGAGUGCCAUGCGCUUGUAUUGGGUGGACGCCUUCUUUGAUAAGAUCGAGCACAGCAACUUUGAUGGACAGAACCGCUUGUCUUUGGAUCGAAUCACUCAGAUCUCACACCCGUUUGGACUCACUGUAUUUGGAGGUUACGUGUACUUCACUGACUGGCGGCUGGGUGGAAUCGUGAGGGUCCGUAAAACAGAUGGAGGAGAGAUGAUGACCAUUCGCCGAGGGAUCAGCCACAUCAUGCAUGUCAAAUCUUUCAACGCUGACUCACAGAUUGGGUUUAACUUCUGCAGCAGGCAAACUAACCCAAACGGAGACUGCAGCCACUUCUGUUUCCCAGCACCAAACUCCCAAAGAGUAUGUGGCUGUCCGUAUGGAAUGAAGCUGGAAGCGAAUCAGCAGACGUGUGUUGAUGAUCCAUCAAACGAGCCGCCGACUCUCCAGUGCGGUUCCAACUCUUUCUCAUGCACAAACGGGAGAUGCGUCCCACACAGCUACCAAUGUGACGGCGUCGAUGACUGUCACGAUAACAGCGACGAGGCCCACUGCGGCGCUCAUAAUAACACUUGCUCUCCCGUCGCCUUCACCUGUGCCAAUCAGCGCUGUGUGCCCAGAAGCUGGCACUGCGACGGGCACAAUGACUGUUUUGAUGGCAGUGACGAGAGGGACUGUCCCACUCAGACCCCUGGCACAUGCCCGGCAGACCAGUUCAGCUGUGCCAACCAUUACUGCAUCCCUCGCACUUGGCUCUGUGACACCGACAACGACUGUGGAGACGGAUCAGACGAAAACAACUGCGAUUCGAUUGGCACGUGUUACCCUGGUCAGUUCCAGUGUCCAGACCAUCGCUGCAUCGACCCCAAUUACGUGUGUGAUGGAGACAGAGAUUGUGCUGAUGGUGCAGAUGAACAAGGCUGUGUGUACAACUGCACAGCCUAUGAGUUUAAGUGUGCAAACGGCCAUCAGUGUGUGAACUCGUACUACAGAUGUGACGGCGUUUUUGACUGCAAUGACCGCUCUGAUGAAUCUGGUUGUCCCACUAGGCCUCCGGGCAUGUGCCACCAUGAGAGUGAGUUUCAGUGCCAGUCGGACGGCAGCUGUGUGCCAGUGAACUGGGAAUGUGACGGUCAUCCGGACUGUGAGGACGGUUCAGACGAGCACCACGCGUGUCCACCGCGCACCUGUCCCACCACGCAGUUCCGCUGCGACAACGGCAACUGUGUUUACCGCGGCUGGAUCUGCGAUGGAGAUAAUGACUGUCGAGACGGCAGCGAUGAGAGAGACUGUCCCACCCCACCGUUCCGCUGUCCCAGCUGGCAGUGGCAGUGUCCUGGACACAGUGUGUGUGUGAACCUCAGCAGGGUGUGUGACAACACUCCAGACUGUCCCAACGGAGCUGACGAGUCCCCGCUCUGCAAUCAGGAGAGCUGCUCGGACAAUAAUGCGGGCUGCACUCACGGCUGCAUCCAGGGCCCGUUCGGAGCCCAGUGCACGUGUCCCAUGGGCUUCCAGCUGAGCAACGACUCGAAGACGUGUGAGGACAUUGAUGAAUGUCACCCACCAGGCGUCUGCAGCCAACACUGCUUCAACGAGAGAGGCUCCUUCCGCUGCCACUGUCAGGAUGGAUACAUGCUGGAGGCAGACGCACGAACAUGCAAAGCCUCGGGAUCUCGAGAAGCCUUGCUCUUAGUGGCGAGUAGGAACCAGAUUAUAUCUGAUGACAUCCUCGCCCAGCCCAACGCUAUUCGCUCUCUAGUGCGAGACGGACGUAACAUCGUAGCGGUGGAUUUCGACUCAGUCACGGACCGUAUUUACUGGUCUGACACCACGCAGGACAGAAUAUGGAGUGCUCACAAAAACGGGACUGACCGCACAGUGAUCUUUGACAGCGGAGUGACCGUCACUGAGAGCCUCGCCGUCGACUGGGUCGGCAGAAACCUGUACUGGACUGACUACAUUCUGGAGACUAUUGAGGUGUCCAAACUGGAUGGCUCCCACAGAACGGUGCUGAUCAGUGAAAACGUGACCAACCCAAGGGGUCUGGUAGUGGACCCUAGAAACAACACUCACCUGAUGUUUUGGACGGACUGGGGCAGGAAUCCUCGUAUUGAGAGAGCCAGUAUGGAUGGCAAGUUAAGGACCACAAUCAUCAGCAACAAACUCUACUGGCCCAAUGGCUUGACAAUUGACUACCCCAACAGUCUACUAUACUUUGCUGAUGCUUAUCUAGACUUUAUAGACUACUGCGAUUACAAUGGAAAGAACCGAAAACAAGUACUGGCCAGUGAUUUGGUACUGCAACAUCCCCACGCAAUUACCAUUUUUGAGGAUUUUGUCUAUUGGACCGACAGAUACGUCAACCGCGUGAUCCGGGCCAACAAGUGGCACGGACAGAACCAAUCGGUGAUGCUGUAUAAUCUGCCCCAGCCAAUGGGUCUGGUGGCACUUCACCCGGCUAGACAGCCAGCAGGUUAUAACCCAUGUGACCCUCAUUCAAGCCCAUGCACUCAUAUCUGCCUGCUGUCAGCUGUUGGUCCCAGGUUUUACUCCUGUGCCUGUCCAUCUGGCUGGACUCUCGCUGCUGACCAGUUCACAUGCGCUAGAGUUGAGGAUCCUUUCCUGGUGGUGGUGAGAGACAGCAUUAUUUAUGGCAUCCCACUCAACCCUAACGAAAAGAACAAUGAUGCCAUGGUACCAGUCGCCGGGCUGCUGAAUGGAUACGAUGUUGACUUUGAUGAUGCUGAGCAGAUGAUCUACUGGGUGGAACAUCCGGGGGAGAUUCACCGGGUGAAGUCAGAUGGUACCAAUAGAACUGAAUUCGCACCAGCAGCUAUUUUGGGGUCUCCGGUUGGUCUGGCUCUGGACUGGAUGUCUCAAAACCUGUACUACUCCAACCCCUCAUCACAGGCUAUAGAGGUUCUAAGGCUUAAAGGAGAAAUUCAGUACAGAAAAACCCUCAUCACGAACAACGGCUCACCUACAGGUGCAGGAGCUCCUGUUGGCAUUGCGGUGGAUCCGGCACGUGGAAAGAUGUACUGGACUGAUCAUGGAACAGAAAGCGGGAUCCCGGCUAAAGUGGCAUCGGCAGAUAUGGACGGCUCCAACGCGGCCAUCCUCUUCACACAUAAUCUAGAACAUGUGGAGUUUAUAACCAUAGACAUCAGAGAGAACAAACUCUACUGGGCCGUCACAGGGACUGGUGUGAUCGAGCGUGGUGACCCUGACGGAUCGAACCGCAUUACUAUGGUAAACGGACUGUCCCAUCCUUGGGGUGUGGCGGUGUACGACUCCUACCUGUACUUCACUGAUCGAGACUUUGAGGUGAUUGAACGUGUGGAUAAAGCCACAGGACUCAACCGGGUCGUAAUGCGGGAUAAUGUGGCCGGUCUCAGAGUACUCAAAGUACACCACAGAGACUCGUCAGCCGGUUCGUCUAACGGCUGCAGUAAUAAUGUGGGCACGUGUGAGCAGUUGUGUCUCCCUCGUCCCGGUGGUCUGUUCAGCUGUGCCUGUGCAACAGGGUUUAAACUCAGUGCUGAUAACCGGACCUGUUCUCCAUAUCAGUCAUACGUGGUGAUCUCUAUGCUCACUGCCAUUAAGGGCUUCAGUCUGGAGGGAGCGGAUCACUCUGAGUCAAUGGUGCCCGUGGCUGGAAGAGGCCGCAAUGCUCUUCAUGUAGACGUGCACAUGGCCUCUAGUUUCAUCUACUGGUGUGACUUCAGCAGCACCGUAGCGUCCCAGAACGGCAUCCGCAGGAUCAAACCGGAUGGAUCUGCAUUCCGCAGCAUCGUCACCUCUGGAAUCGGACGAAACGGCAUACGGGGCAUUGCCGUAGACUGGGCUGCAGGAAACCUCUACUUCACCAAUGCCUUUCUGACCGAGACGUACAUUGAAGUCAUUCGCCUCAAUACCACAUUCCGCCGUGUCCUUCUCAAGACGCAAGUAGACAUGCCCCGUCAUAUUGUGGUGGAUCCCAAAAACAGAUACCUCUUCUGGGCUGACUAUGGACAGACCCCCAAAAUCGAGCGAGCAUUUCUAGACGGCUCUAACCGGACAGCUUUGGUUUCCUCUGGCAUCAUCACCCCCAGAGGCCUUGCUCUGGACCACCGAGACGGAUUCAUCUACUGGGUGGAUGAUUCCUUGGAUAUGAUCGCACGAGUUCGGCCUGAAGGGGGCGAGACGGAGGUCGUCCGCUACGGAAGCCGCUAUCCGACUCCAUAUGGCAUCACUGUGUUUGAAGGAAAUGUAAUCUGGGUGGACAGAAACCUCAAGAAAGUCUUCCAAGCAAGCAAACAGCCUGGUGCAACCGACCAGCCGGUCGUGAUCCGAGACAACAUCAACAUGCUGCGAGACGUCACUAUUUUUGACCGCAGAAUGCAGCCAGGUUCAACCCAUGAGCUCAAUAACAACCCCUGCUUAGAGUCAAAUGGAGGCUGUGCUCAUUUCUGCUUCGCCAUGGCAGGAGCUCAGACCAGGAAAUGUUCGUGUGCCUUUGGGAAUCUGGCUGCGGAUGACAGCAGCUGUGUGGUCCGGGAUGACUACCUCAUUUAUACCACAGAAAGCACUGUGCGCUCUCUGCGGCUGGACCCAGAGGAUCAUUCGCUGCCCUUUCCUGUGGUUAACGUGCCCCGCACUUCGGUGGCGCUUGAUUUCGACCGCUUGGAUGGCAGGAUCUAUUUCACCCAGAGCUCGGGAGCGGGCCAGAGCAAGAUUAGCUUCAUUACUUUGGCUUCGCCUACCUCUCCCGCUACUGAGGUGGCCUCAGAUCUGGGAGCUCCUGAUGGCAUCGCGUAUGACUGGAUCAACAGGAGGAUCUAUUACAGUGACUACAUUAACCAGACGAUCAGCUCUAUGGCAGUGGAUGGAUCUCAGAGGACUGUUGUGGCACAGGUGCCCAGACCCAGAGCCAUCAUGCUGGAUCCGUGUAGAGGGUAUAUGUACUGGACCGAUUGGGGAACCAAUGCAAAGAUAGAGCGCGCAACCCUCGGAGGAAACUUCAGGACAGAGAUUGUCAACACUAGUCUGGUUUGGCCAAACGGAUUGACGCUGGACUAUGAUGAUCAGAGGCUCUACUGGGCAGAUGCCAGCUUGCAGAAGAUUGAAAGGUGCUCGCUCACUGGCACUAACCGUGAGGUUAUCGUAGGCACCGCUAUUUACCCAUUUGCAAUGGCGGUUUAUGAUCAGCAUAUCUACUGGACGGACUGGAACACGCGCAGCAUCUACCGCGCAAACAAGCAUGACGGGUCUGAUCAGAGAGUGAUGCUACAAAAUCUUCCAUCCCGGCCAAUGGAUAUCCACGUCUUAUCUAACAGCAAACAGCAGCAGUGCAGCAGUCCCUGUGAGCAGUUCAACGGUGGAUGCAGCCACAUUUGCACUCCAGGUCCUCAGGGAGCAGAGUGUCAGUGUCCUUCAGAGGGCCGCUGGUAUCUAGCCGACAACAAACACUGCAUUCCUGACAAUGGCACGCGCUGCCAGGCCGGCCAGUUUACUUGCAUGAAUGGCCGCUGUAUCCGCUCACAGUGGAAAUGUGACAAUGAUGAUGACUGCGGAGAUGGCAGUGAUGAACUGGAGAGGGUCUGCGCAUUUCACACCUGCGAGCCCACAGUGUUCACCUGUGGAAAUGGUCGCUGCGUGCCCUAUCAUUACCGCUGCGAUCACUACAAUGACUGCGGGGAUAACAGCGAUGAGACGGGCUGCAUCUUCAGACCCUGCGACCCAAACACAGAGUUCUCCUGUAAUAACGGCCGCUGCAUUUCCAGGGAAUACAUCUGCAAUGGAAUCAACAACUGCUACGAUAAUGGGACCUCGGAUGAACAGAACUGCCCUGAGAGGACGUGUCAGCCUGAACACACCAAAUGCCAGUCGACCAACAUCUGCAUCCCGCGCUCGUAUCUGUGUGAUGGAGAUAAUGACUGCGGCGACAACAGUGACGAGAGUCCCACACACUGCGCCACAUCCACAUGCUCCCACAAUGAGUUCCGCUGCUCGAGUGGACGCUGUAUUCCUGGCCACUGGUACUGUGAUGGAGGAACAGACUGUAAUGAUGGAUCUGAUGAGCCCAUUACCUGUACCUCUCUGGUGAGGACCUGCAACUCGGAGCAGUUUCGCUGUGAUGACGGACGCUGCAUCGCCUCCUCCUGGAUCUGUGACGGAGACAACGACUGCGGAGACAUGAGCGACGAGGACCAGAGACACAACUGUGCAAACCGCACGUGCUCAGCCCAGGAGUUCACCUGUGUGAAUAACCGGCCUCCUCAGAGGAAGUGUAUCCCUCGGGAAUGGGUGUGUGACGGGGAUGCAGACUGUUCAGAUGCCUUCGAUGAGCAUCAGAACUGCACCCGCCGGUCCUGCUCCGCCAAUGAGUUCACCUGCAACAACGGCCUCUGCAUCCGCAGCUCAUACAGGUGUGAUCGGCGUAAUGACUGUGGAGACAGCAGUGAUGAGCAGGGCUGCACGUAUCAGCCGUGUCAGCAGCAUCAGUUCACCUGUCAGAACGGCCGCUGCAUCUCCAGUGAUUUCCUUUGUGACGGAGACAACGACUGUGGGGAUGAGUCUGAUGAGCUGGACCACCUGUGCAGGACGCCUGCACCCACCUGCCCGCCGGCACACUUCCGCUGCGACAAUGGCAACUGUGUGCUGCAGAGCCAAGUGUGUGACAGAAACGACGACUGCAGCGAUAACAGCGAUGAGAAGGGCUGCGGCAUCAACGAAUGCACAGACCCAUCAAUGCACCACUGCGACCACAACUGCACCGACACCCCGACCAGCUUCAUCUGCACCUGCCGGCCUGGCUACCGCCUCAUGUCUGACAACAAAACCUGCGACGACAUCGACGAGUGCUCCGUCACACCCAGCGUCUGCAGUCAGGUCUGUGAAAACACCCUGGGCUCAUACGUCUGCAAAUGCGCUCCGGGAUUCCUCCGUGAACCCGAUGGUCACAGCUGCAGACAAAACAGCAACAUCCACCCUUAUUUAAUCUUCAGCAACCGCUACUACCUGCGCAAUCUGUCCACGGACGGAGAGGCCUAUUCGCUCAUCCUGCAGGGUCUGAGUAGUGUGGUGGCGCUUGAUUUCGACCGUGUGGACAAACGCUUGUAUUGGAUCGACGUGAGCCGCAGAGUGCUGGAGCGGAUGUUUUUUAACGGGACGGGCCGGGAGGCUGUGGUCAAUGGGGUUUUGCAUGGCGAAGGGCUGGCGGUGGACUGGAUCGGGAGGAAGCUUUAUUGGGUGGACAGUUUUCUGGAUUGUCUGAAAGUCUCGGAGCUGGAUGGACGCUUCGUGAGGAAGUUAGCUGAACACUGCGUUGAUGAUAAUCACACAUACUGCUUCCAGAAUCCCAGAGCCAUCGUGCUGCAUCCUAAAUUUGGGUAUGUGUACUGGACUGACUGGGGAGACAGAGCGUUCAUUGGUCGUGUUGGGAUGGAUGGAAAUAACAAGUCUGCCAUCAUCACUACUAAGAUCGAGUGGCCGAACGGUCUGACCAUCGACUACACCAACGACAAAUUGUACUGGUCUGACGCUCAUCUCAACUACAUCGAGUUCUCAGAUCUGGACGGACGUCACAGACACACAGUGUACGACGGUGUCCUGCCUCAUCCGUUUGCCAUCACAGUUUUCGAGGACACCGUUUACUGGACGGACUGGAACACUCGAACAGUGGAGAAGGGCAACAAAUACAACGGCUCCGGCCGAGAGGCGCUGGUCAACACCACACACCGACCCUUUGACAUCCACGUGUGUCACCCUUACCGUCAGCCUAUAGUGACGAACCCCUGUGCACUCAAUAACGGCGGCUGUUCUCACCUGUGUCUUCUGCGGGCCGGAGGUCAGGGUUACACCUGCGAGUGUCCAGAUCACUUCCUGACGGUGCAGAUCGCCGGUAUUGCACGAUGUUUACCCAUGUGCUCCAGCACGCAGUACAGAUGCGCAGACAAUGAACGCUGUAUCCCCAUCUGGUGGAAGUGUGACGGUCAGCGGGACUGUAGAGACGGAUCGGAUGAACCCUCUACGUGUCCCGUCCGGCACUGCAGGCUCGGUCAGUUCCAGUGUGAUGAUGGAAACUGCACCAGUCCACACUUCCUCUGCAACUCCAAUCAGGACUGUCCUGAUGGCUCCGAUGAAGACACUGUGCUCUGUGCCACUCAUCAGUGUGAGUCUCAUCAGUGGCAGUGUGCCAACAAGCGCUGCAUCUCUGAGGCCUGGCAGUGUGACGGAGAGAACGACUGCGGCGACGGCUCCGAUGAAGAUCCCGCUCACUGCUCGAGCCGCACCUGCAGACCGGGACAGUUCAAGUGCAGGAACGGACGCUGCAUACCCAACACCUGGAAGUGUGACGUGGACGAUGACUGUGGAGACAACUCUGACGAACCUAUCGAUGAGUGCAUGGGUCCGGCAUACAGAUGUGACAAUCACACAGAGUUUGCCUGCAGGACGAACUACCGCUGUGUUCCUCUGUGGGCCGUGUGUAAUGGACACAAUGACUGCAGAGACAACAGUGAUGAACAGAACUGUGAGGAGUUGACGUGUGAGCCGUCGGGUGAUUUUCGCUGUGAUAACCACCAGUGUAUCCCGCUGCGCUGGCGCUGUGAUGGAGACGACGACUGUGGCGACGGCUCAGAUGAACACAACUGCACUCCUCGUCCAUGCACAGAGAGCGAGUACCGCUGCGACAACCUGCACUGCAUUCCUGACCGCUGGGUUUGUGACCAUGACAAUGACUGCGAGGACAAUUCAGACGAGAGAGACUGUGAGCUGCGGACCUGCCACCCAGGCUACUUCCAGUGCGCCAGCGGACACUGCAUCGCUGAGCGCUUUAAAUGCGACGGCAAUGCUGACUGUCUCGACUUCACUGAUGAAAGUUCCUGUCCCACACGCUACCCGAACAGCACCUACUGUCCACCCUUCCUGUUUGAGUGUAAGAACCAUGUGUGUGUGCAGCAGCACUGGAUAUGUGAUGGAGAUAAUGACUGCGGGGACAACUCAGAUGAGGAGCUACAUCUCUGCUUGGACAUCUCAUGUGAUCCUCCUUUCCGUUUCCGCUGUGAUAACAACCGCUGCAUCUACAGUCAUGAGGUCUGCAACUCUAUAGAUGACUGUGGUGAUGGAACAGAUGAGAGGGCGGAGCAUUGCGUGACUCCCACACACGGUCCCUGCUCUGCAGACGAGUAUAAAUGUGGGAACGGUCAGUGUAUUCCUCUGCAGUAUGCCUGCGAUGACUACGAUGACUGUGAAGACCAGAGUGAUGAACUCGGCUGCUACUUCGGCCACGGACGCUCAUGCAGUGAAAACCUAUGUGAGCAUAACUGCACGGAUUUGUCAGCUGGAGGCUUUAUUUGCUCCUGUAGACCUGGAUAUAAACCCAACCCCGAGGACAAAAAUACCUGCGAAGAUGUGGAUGAGUGUGAGAUUUAUGGCACAUGUCCUCAACUGUGCAGGAACACUAAGGGCAGCUAUGAGUGUUUCUGCGCUGAAGGGUUCCGAUCAGUAGGAGAGCAGCCAGGAGUCGAAUGCGCCGCUGAGGGAAAUCCUCCAGUGUUGUUGUUGCCUGAUAAUGUUCGUAUCCGGCGCUUUAACCUGUCAUCAGCGCAGUAUUCAGAUUAUGUGGAUAACGCUGAGCACAUUCAGGCGCUGGACUACCUGUGGGACCCAGAAGGCCUCGGGCUCAGUAUCGUGUACUGGACAGUAUUGGGCCGUGGGUCGGAUUUUGGCUCCAUUAAGAGGGCCUACAUGACCACGUUUGAUGACCAUGGCAAUAAUCCAGUGAAGGAGGUGGACCUGAACCUCAGAUACGUCUCCAGUCCGGACGGCAUCGCUGUUGACUGGAUCGGACGUCAUAUAUACUGGACGGAUGCUGGAACGAACAGAAUUGAAGUGGCCAAACUGGAUGGACGUUACAGAAAGUGGUUGAUUCACAAUGAUCUCGAUCAGCCGGCUGCUAUUGUGGUCAAUCCCAGUCUCGGUAAGAUGUUCUGGACAGACUGGGGAAGAAAGCCUAGGAUCGAGACCGCAUGGAUGGACGGUCAGCAAAGAGAAGUGCUUCUGGAUGAAGAUCUGGGCUGGCCUACAGGUUUAGCACUAGACUACCUGAAUGAAAACCGCAUCUACUGGUGUGACUCAAAAGAGAACAUCAUCGAGUCCAUGAAAGUGGACGGAUCCGACCGACAGAUCAUCAUAUCUGGAGACAUCGGUCACCCCUACAGUCUGGAUGUGUUCGAGGGCCACGUUUACUGGACGACUAAAGAGAAGGGAGAAGUGUGGAAGAAAGAUAAGUUUGGGAAAGGAGACAAUGUGAAAGUGUUGACUAUAAACCCCUGGCUGACCCAAGUGAGAAUCUACCAGGAGCAUCGACACAACCACUCAGUGUUGAACCCGUGUCAGGACGCCUGCAGUCACCUGUGCCUCCUGCGUCCGGGUGGAUUCACCUGUGCCUGUCCACAGGGAUCCACACUGCUCAGCUUCAACAAAAACCAGUGUGAUGCCGCCAUUGAGGUCGAGGUGUCCAUGCCGCUUGCAUGCAGAUGCAUGAAUGGAGGAACGUGCUUCACUGAUGAAGGAGGCCUACCCAAGUGCAAGUGUCCGUACGGUUACUCUGGUAGUUACUGUGAAAUGGGCAAGUCUAGAGGAGCUCCCGCUGGCACAGCCGUGACGGUGCUGUUAGCAGUAGUGAUCAUUCUGGUGACUGGAGCUCUGGUUGUGGGAGUUUUCCUCAACUACAGGAGAACUGGAUCUCUCAUCCCGUCAAUGCCUAAACUACCCAGUCUGAGCAGUCUGGUGAAGUCUGGAGACACUGGGAAUGGAGUGUCCUUUCACUCAGGUGAUAAUGUGACCAUGGAUCUGGAGCCACAGACUCUUGGGGUGUCUUUCAUCGACAGGGCCAUGCAGCUGGAUGAGAAUUUUGCAGACCCUGGACGGCAGCCAAUCACGUUUGAGAAUCCUCUGUACUCGACAGCAGCCGCUCCAUCCAGUGAUCCUGCAGUAAUACACGCUACACAGGUCACUGUGAACGUCAGUGCGGACCAGGUGGACAAUAACUUCUCAAACCCCACGUAUCAACAGGCAGUGGAGGUGAAGAGCGAACAUGUAGAGGAGAAAAACACACAGGAGUCCAAAUGGAGCUUCUUUAAAAGAAAACUGAAGCCAAGCACAACAUUUGAAAACCCUACUUAUUCAGAGAUGCAGGAUGAGCAGACUACUGGUGCAGCAGACAGCAGCUCUACAGCACAGCCGUCUCCGUUUGUUCCUCCCAAACCUCCUAAACGAGACAAACUGAGCACAUUUACACCCACAGAGGACACUUUCAGAGACACGGCCAACCUGGUGAAAGAGGACAGUGACAUAUGACACACACACACUCACGGGAAAUACAAAGACACACUCCCUUUGCACAGAAUCUAUUUUUAUAUGCAGCCUGCAUACGACAGAAAUCAAUUGAAGAUUAUUUUUGAAACAGAAAAAAAAACUAUAGAUGAGAUCAGAUGAAAUAUUUGUAUAGCCGACAGACAGAAAAGAGACUUUGCCUUCUGAUACUUUGUAUGCCAAUUCAUGUUGUAUGAUUCUUUUUUAUUAUUAUUAUUAUUAUUAUUGUGACGUCGUAUUUGUAUAUCUUUGCACUGAUGCUGCUGAAGGAGAAUGUUAUUGAAUAUUUUGUACAUUUGUAAAUUGAGAAGAUUUUUUUGUUUGUUUUUUUGGUUUGAUAAGUAUCAGACAUUAUUAUGAAAUAGAUUAUUACUUAUUCCUGGAGAUUCACACACACAGACAUACGUAUAUGCCAACAAUACUGAGUAAAAGUGCUUUGAGAGCCGACUGAGACUUCUGCCGUUUGAUCUGAUUAUUUUUUUAAUAAUGUUUUUUUUUUUUUCCCAAAAUGAGAAAACACAAAGCAUAUACACUACUUGACAAAAGUCUUGUCGCCUGUUUUAGGACCAACAAAUAAUAACUUGACUCCUAGUUGACCAUUUGGUAUCAGAAGUGGCUUAUAUUAAAGGCAAAGGCCUCUAGAUUAUGCUUACCUUACCAAAAUAAUAUAUGAUCAGGUCUUAAAUUUCAAUUGUUUCAUUAGGACUUUUCUUAGACAAAAGUCUCGUCACUUAACAGAAAUAAUGUCCAGUAUAGAAUAUAAAGUCAUGCUGCAGUGGAAAAAGAGUUAAUAUUGUGUCUGACUCCAUCAUGAGCUUGGAGGACUGCAUCCAUACAUCUCUGCAAUGACUCAAAUCACUCAUUAAUAAAGUCAUCUGGAAUGGCAAAGAAAGCGUUCUUGCAGGACUCCCAGAGUUCAUCAAGAUUCUUUAGAUUCAUCUUCAAUGCCUUCUCCAUCUUACCCCAGACAUGCUCAAUAAUGUUCAUAUAUGGUGACUGGGCUGGCCAAUCCUGGAGCAGCUUGACCUUCUUUGCCUUCAGGAACUUUGAUGCGGAGGCUGAAGUAUGAGGAGCGCUAUCCUGCUGAAGAAUUUGUCCUCUACUGUGGUUUGUAAUGUAAUGGGCAGUACAAAUGUCUUGAUACCUCAGGCUGUUGAUGUUGCCAUCCACCCUGCAGAUCUUUGCACGCCCCCAUACUUAUUGUAACCCCAAACCAUGAUUUUUUCUUCACCAGACUUGACUGAUUGCUGUCAGAAUCUUGGGUCCAUGCAGGUUCCAGUAGGUCUUCUGCAGUAUUUGUGAUGAUUGAGAUGCAGUUCAACAAAUGAUUCAUCAGAGAAUUCGACCCUCUGACACUUUUCCAAAUGAUCAACUAGAAGUCAAGUUAUUAUUUGUUGCUCUUACAACUGGGAUCGACGACAAGACUUUUGUCAGGUAGUGUACAUUUCUUACUGUAUGUACCUACCUGUAUACCUCAUCUGUCAAGAUUGAAAAAAAGAGCAAAACACUACAAUAUGAUGGAGAUAUCAAUCAUGUGAUGAUCAACUGAGUGCUAUUAAAGUAAUGGUUUAUACAACAAACAAAAUAAUUAAUAAAAUGGUAAAUAUUUACUCACCAGCUCCAGAAAAGCAUAAAAUUAUGUCUACAGCUAUGGAGAAUAUAGGUGGCUAUAGUGGUUAACAAGAAGCAAGAAGGCCACUGGUUCGAGUCCCGACUGGAUCAGUUGGCAUUUCUGUGUGGAGUUAGCAUGUUCUCUCCAUGUUGGUGUGGGUUUCCUCCGGGUGCUCCGGUUUUCCUCCACAGUCCAAAGACAUGUGCUAUAGGUGAAUUGAAUAAACUAAAUUGGCCAUAGCGUAUGUGUGAAUGUGAGUGUCUAUGGAUGUUUCCCAGUAAUGGGUUGCAGCUGGAGGGCAUCAGCUGUGUAAAACAUAUGCUGGAUAUAUGUUGGCGGUUCAUUCUGCUGUGGCGACCCCUGAUAAAUAAAGGGACUAAGCCGAAGGAAAAUUAAUGAAUAACUUAAGAAAAGUUUAGAAAUGAGUCACAACAAAUGAAAAAGAUGUAAUAUUCUGACCAUUUUUCUGAAGAAAAAAUAUCUAAAUGACAAUAUUUUUAUUUCAAAUUGUUGGUAAACCUUUAAAGAAUUAAACAAUUGUUAACAUUUUACUCAAACACAUAGCUAAUACACCCAGAGAAAUAAAUUUCUAAAUUUUCUCCACAGUUGUAUCUGAAUAAUGCUUUCCAAUGACUUGACAAAAGCUUUCCAAUGAAAUGACGGUGAUCAAACCAUGUCAGAAAUUAUCCAAAUACAUGAUCCAGAGAAAGAGACUCUGAAUAAAGAAAGUCUGAAAUGAUACUAAUGCAGUGACAUAAACACUUCAUAAUAGAAUCUGAAGACACAUGCCGCUCCUGUUUAAACACUUAAAUCAGGGGUCACCAAACUUGUUCCUGGAGGGCCAGUGCCCUACAGAUUUUAGCUCCAACUCUAAUCAAACACACCUGAACAAGCUAAUCAAGGUCUUACUAGGUAUUCUUGAAACAUCCAGGCAGGUGUGUUGAGGCAAGUUGGAGCUAAACUCUGCAGGGACACCGGCCCUCCAGGACCGAGAUUGGUGACCCCUGAUUUAAAUGAAACAUUGCCCUGUUUAUCAAAUGUUUCUGUGACCCGGGAUGAAGAUUUUUCAUAUUUACUGUUUUAUUUGCUGUAUUAUAAAAGUUGAUGGUAGUAAAACCACUUUAUUUUAUUUUAAAUGAUCCUAUAUAUUAACUACUGGGAAAAAAUGACUCCUGUUCCUCCAUAUGUGACUUUAGAAAGAAACUGGAGACAAAUUAACG